AUGGUGAGCUUUCGCGCACUUGUGAACACCGAAACUUUGAAAACUAACCGCGAUGAUAAACAGCUCGGCCAACUCUUCGGUUUAGCCAUGCUGCUCGUGGCGACUGCAGUCUUUCUCUAUUAUAGUGCCUGGACUCUACUUAUGCCAUUUGUUGACCCCGGCCACCCUCUCCACGACCUUUUUCCUCCGCGAGUUUGGGCAAUUCGUAUACCUGUCAUUUUGACUCUUCUCGGCUCAGCCGUUGUUGGGACAUUCCUCGCCCUUGUUAUGAUUCGCAGCAAUCGGAAGAAGGCCGCGAAGGCCAAAGCCGCUGCCAAAACAGCGUCCAAGAAGAAAGCAUGA